AUGACAAUAAAAAAUGAAGAACAACAACAACAAACAAAUAAAUUAAAAUAUCCAAAGAAUUUAUUAUCAUCAGGAUUAGAUGGUGAAGGUAAUACAUAUAUAAAUAUUGAAGAUCUUUGGAAAAAGGAAUUAGAAGGUAAAGAUAAUAAAAUGGAAGAUAAAUGGUAUAAAUCAGCAGAUGAAUAUUGGAAAGGAGUAGAAGCAACCGUUGAUGGUAUGUUAGGUGGAUUAGCACAAGUAUCACCAAUUGAUGUUGUUGCCUCAAAAGUUUUCAUUCAAGAUUUUAUUAAAGGUACUGAUAGUCGUCCACCAAUUAAUUUGAAUUUAGCAUUAGAUUGUGGUGCUGGUAUUGGUAGAGUUGCAAAAGAAUUCCUUUUACCAAUUGGUUUUAAAAAUGUUGAUUUAGUUGAACAAAAUAAAUUAUUCUUAGAUAAAGCAAAAUCUGAUAAUUUCAAAGAUGAUAAUAGAGUUGAAAAUUAUUAUGCGGUUGGAUUACAAGAUUUUACAUUUGAAAAAAAGUAUGAUUGUAUUUGGAUUCAAUGGGUAAUUGGACAUUUACAUGAUUUAGAUUUUAUAGAAUUUUUAAAGAAAUGUAUGGAUUCAUUGACACCAAAUGGUAUCAUUUGUAUUAAAGAUAAUUGUGCUAAAAAAAGAUUUAUAAUGGAUAAAGAAGAUAACUCUGUAUCAAGAACUGAAGAUCACUUAAAAUAUCUUUUCGAUCAAGCUGGUUGUAAAUUAUUAAAAUCAAUGGUACAACCAAAUUUUCCAAAAGAAUUAUUCCCAGUUUUAAUGUUUGCUUUAGAAAGAAAAUAA